AUGGAAGCGGCGCAUUCAAUCAGCGCGCGUAGCAUGCCUUCAAUGUCCACUCAACAACACGAUACGGACUCAUUUCCUCGUCCGUCUUCCGCAUCGCUUGCUCGCAAGACUUCGAUUCGCGCCGUCCCCUACGACCCAACCGACACUCGCCUACCCCUCGCGCCGUCUUUGUCGGGCGCGUCGACUGGCAGCUACUCGCCCUCCAGCUGGCCUUUUCCAAAAGGCCACCAGAGGCAAAACAGUAAAUCCAAGUUGCCGUUGUCCAUGCGCAGUGUUCCUGUUGACAGCGGUAGCCCGACGAAAAUGGCUCCCAGAGAGACCUCCCCGACACGCAAGUUUGCUCAGAGAUCCGUAAUGAGAGCGGCAGCGAGUGCCCCCUCUCGCCAGGGCAGUUUUCACGAGUCCUCCUUGCGGAAUGAGACCUUCAGCAACGGCCGGGAGUCCUCGACCCCAGAUGAGGAGCGCGAUUCUGAUGAGAUUGACAAUGGCACCAUCCGUGCGUCCCAGACCAACGGUGCGAGAAUGAGCGAGAGCGAAGAGAGACCCAAGUCUCGUCACGGGCGCCCGGGGUCUCUCACGCGAGCUUCCUCUUCGUCGCUUGCCAGUCGCCCAAAGACACCUUUUCCUUUCUCUGUCCCCGACGAUAUGCCCCUUGAACGGCCGACGAACCCCACACCUCACGCCGGGCUGGCGAAGCAGUCUGAAGCACUCCAGGACCCUCGAUUCACAGCUGAAUAUUUCGAAACCAUCAGCAUCCACGACCAUGCGCCAAGUCCCGAGCCACUCACUCCUCCCCGCCGUCUCUCCGUGGCACAGAGCGACUCGACCGAUGCCAUGUACGGAGGUAGUCGCCAAGUUUCCACUUUCUCAACCGUCCACGAAGUCGACGAGGAAGAUGGCGACCACGACGCGGACACACGGGACACGCGGGACACAUUCGACCUCGAGCGCACCAUGACCUUCGUUCACGACAGUUCGGAAGACCAGACCUUCGCCGACAAAAACAUCACCCUGGGCAGUUCCACCCAGCAAGACGAAAGCAUCAUCAGCGCAAGACGAACCAGCAGCAACCCUUUCGGUUUCCACCAAAACGUGGACAUUGGCGAUGGCACCCCCGACCGUGGCAUCAUGCUGAUAGAUCCCAACCUGACCGCCGACCUCACCAACCACAACAUCUCGCGGGUCACUUCCGGCUCACGCAUGUGGACACCACUCCCCAACAUCGACUCGAUCCGUCGCGGCCCCAAGAUCCGUCAUCACCGCGUUAUCCCAGAGCCUGGCAGUGGCGGCGGCGGCGGUCCCGGUGGCAUAGCCCCUGCCCGCAGCGGCAUCAUCCCACCCGUCAACACCCUCGCCGACUUAGCCAUCCUCGGCGGCAACGGCAGUGGAAACAAACUAAAUGACCUCGAAGAACAAGACCCGGACCAGCAGGAAAUAGCUCGUCGCGUCUUGCGUCUCCAGAAGUGGCUAGUCCCCGUCUCCUUCGGCGUGCUCCAAGUCUCCAUCAUCUCCUUCGUAGCCAGCAUCGCCGUCUAUGCUUCUCGUGCCUCUCAAUCACCCAUUUCUGCGGGUAUCGUUGUCUGGAUCAGUAUCAGCACCGUGCUACUGGUCUCCUCCCUCGCCACGUUUCUCAUCGGUGCUUACGCCGUCGGGCGUCUGAGGCAGCAGGAGACCGGCGACGAUCCCUGGAUCGAGAUGCACCGUCUGGCUCGGGCUCUUCCUCCGCGCCCCAAUCCUGCCGAGAAGGGUGGCGACAACAAGGCCGACAAGAAGAGCAAAGCGUUGGCGGAAGAGGAUAAGGCCGCGACGGAAGAGGCGUGGAAGAAGUUCGCUGAUGAUCAGGAACAGCUGCGGAAGUAUGUCGAGAAGUUGGAGCAGGAGAUCUUGGACAUCAAAGAGAAGCGGGAAGAGGAGGAGCAGGGUGUGCUGUAUGCUGCUGCGCAACAACAGCAGCUGCAAGCUACCAAUGGACAGCAGCAGCAUCAGCAGCAGCAUGAGCUGCACCCCAUCGGCACCGCCAUCUCCACGGGUGACCACACCCCCGAUUCCAAAUGCAACUCCUCCCACAAACAACCUACCGUCGAAGACUGCCCUGACUGCCCCAGCCACCACCAGCCUUCCGAAGACGAAGAAGACACCACCCUGACCCCCAAAGCUUCCAAGUCAACCCAGACCGCAGCCAAUCCCAGGAGGGACUCAUUAAUCGCAGACAACAAACCAACCUACUACACCUCCGGCGGUGGUCACCGCCGCCGCCGUCCGCGUUCCAACACAACCGGCACGGCCACCCAGUCACUCCACCGCCUGAUCGGUCCCCCCUCCGAGUUUUCGUCCACGGGAUUUGGUGUGCCCGCCAGUAACAGCGGCGGGACCAUUGGUUCUUUGAAUUUGCAUAUUCAUCACGGCUAUUACAGCCCCAGCCGCAACGGUCAUCACAGCGGUCACGGUGGCCACCACAACUACGGCCACAAUCACAAUCACAACCAUAACCACAAUCACGGCGACCACAUCCUCCCCAACCACACUCACACCGCCUACAUGACCACCCCUUCUGGAAUCACCAUGGGCGUCCCCAUCUCCCAAACCCAAUCCAGCAUCCUAACCGAGCUCUGCGAAGCUGUAACUCUCUCUGGUCUCUCUGGUUCCGGUUCCGGCACCGUAGGCGGCAUCGAGUCCUACAGCCCACUUGGUAGAGACGAAAUUUCGGGAGCGAUGAGGAAGGCGGGCGUCGUCAACAACAACGGAGUGACGCCUUCGCCUUCCCCCAGACCCUCGCAGUCGCCGUUGGGGUCAUCAUCGGUGUCGGGAUUGGGUUCUUCGGUUCCGGUGCCGGCUUCGGUGGGGACUUCGUCUUCGGCCAGCACGAGUACGGGAGGAGCUUCGGGAGCAGCCUCAGGAUCAGAGGGAAAAUCAACAGGAAUGGGCACAAGAACAGGAUACGGAAUGGCAAAUGGCAUGCCAAAGGGAAUCAUGGGUGGUGUGAGAGCCGUCACGGCAAGUGAUGUUGCUCCUGAAGAGCACGAGGACCACCAGCAGGAGGCGAUGCCUCAGAUGCCUCAAAUGCCCGAGAUGCCCGAGAUGCCCGAGAUGGCGAAGCGACAUCAGCAGCGGCAGUAUCUGAGCCCCGAGCUCGAGCUAACAACCUCAAGCCAGAAGGAGAGAGCUUAUUAUGGCACGUUUAGGAGGAUGCCGAGCCGGAGGGAGGAUGUGAGAGGGAUGGAGUUCUUUGCUGGUCCGAAUGCCCCUGGCGAUGGUCGGAGUGGUUAG